AUGAACCCCGAGAUGGACGACGACCGGUCGUCUUCGACCCCAACCGCCGCAUCGAAGUCGGUCUCUGGCCAGGAUAAAGAGAAGCCCCGCUUGACUGAUCAAGAGAAGAAGAACAACCACAUUGCCUCUGAGCAGAAGCGCCGCGCCGCGAUUCGGGAAGGCUUCGACCGGUUAACAGAACUGGUGCCUGGACUUGAGGGGCAGGGCCGCAGCGAGAGUAUCGUGUUGCAAAAGACCGUCGACUUCAUCCACCUGCAGCUGCAGGAACGUCAUAACCUCAUCGCUGAGAUCGAGAACAAAGGAGGCCGAGUGGAUGAUUCUUUCCGGCCAACAUAA